AUGCUCAGCUCGCGCAUCUGCCGCCUCACCAGCAUAAGAGAAGUCAGCAGCUGCAGCAACAGCGGCAGAAGAGCAGCAGCUGCAACGGAAAAGGCGCAACAGCUGCUGCGACAGCAGCAGCAGCAGCAGCAGCAGCAGCAGCAGCAGCAGCAACUGAGGGCCUCGCAACAGCCCCCCGUCAUCAGCUGCUUCUUCUAUGCAGCAACGGAGAUGCAGCAGCAGCAGCAGCAGCGGCUGCAGCCGCUGCCACCAGAACUAGAUCCGCAGCAGCAGCAGCAGCAGCAGCAGCAGCAGCAGAUGUUGUCGUUGUCUCAAGAUGCGGAGGGACAACAGCAGCAGCAGCAGCAGCAGCAGCAGCAGCACAAACUGCAGCAGCAGCAACAACAGCAGCAGCAGUUGAACGGGAAGCUUCCUGCUCCUGUUCCUGCUGCUGCUGCUGCUGCUGCUGCUGCUGCUAAGACAGCUGAGUCUGUUGGGGGGCCCCUGCAGCAGAUGGUGAGGGAGGUGCUGCAGCAGCAGCAGCAAACCGACAUAGCCCUUCUAGCCGAGAGUCUGAAGUGUCUCGAUGCUCACGGCUGGCAGCAGCAGCAGCAGCAGCAGCAGCAGCAGCAGCAGCAGCAGGAGCAGCAGCGGGCUCCUGCAGCAGCAGCAGCAGCAGCAGCAGCAGCUGGGCUUGCAACGACUGCGCGUAUGUCUCUGUUUGUGAGGCGGCAGCGGCUUGGGGUGUAUAGACAGCAGCUCGAAGCAUUCAGGCGUGUGUCUCCGUUGCUGCUGCUGCUGCAGCAAGCAGCAGAAGAGCUGCGUGCUGCUCUGGGUGCUGCACUGAAUCGUCUCAGCAGCAACAGGCAGCAGCUGCUGCCGCUGCUGCAGCAGCUGCUGCAGCUGCGGCAGCAGCAGCAGCAACUCACAGACAAAGAAAACCUCUGUCUCCACAUCCUCAAUCGUCUCUGUCUCCCGCAGCAAACACUAAACAAUAUCACCGGCCCCUUGCCGCAGCAGGAACCAGCAGCAGCAGAGCAGCAGCAGCAGCAGCAGCAGCAGCAGCAGCAGGCAGAUGUAGUGUCUAGGGAGCUGCAGGCCACGCGUUCAGCACUGGUUGAGGUGCAGCAAAAGAAACUGCUGCUGCAGCAACUAGCAGCAGCAGCAGCAGCAGAACCACCAGCACCAGAAGCAUCAACGGAAACAGCAGCAGCAGCAGCAGCAGCAGCAGCAGCAGCAGCAGCAGCAAAGCCAUUCCCCCUGAUCGAGAGUUUGCUGCGACAGAUGAAGGAGCUGGAAGACAUGGGGCACGAGAGGCUCUACUUGCUGCUGCUGAUGCGGCUGCAGCAACUAGCAGCAACAGCAACAGCAGCAGCACCACCAGGAGCAGCAGCAGCAGCAGCAGCAGAAAGUGCAGCAGCCGCCUCGGCCUUCCAAGCGCUCCUUGACCUCGCGCAGCAGCAGCAGCAGCAGCAGCAGCAGCAGCAGCAUAACCCGGAGGGAGCAGCAGCAGCAUCAACAACAGCAACUACUACAACAACCGCAGCAGCACCAGCAGCAAACGCUGCAGCAGCAGCAGCAGCAGCAGCUGCUGCUGCUGCUGCUGCUGCUGAACGCAGAAAGGUGAGCCUGGGGGCUGAGUAUGAGCGCAGCUGCGUCUUGUGGGGGGCCCUCACAGAGCUGUACAUACACCCCGCGUAUCUGCUGCAGUGUGUGCAGCAGCUGCUGCGGUUGCGGCGUCAGUUGCUGCAGCAGCAGCUGCAGCAGCAACAGUUUGAGGGGCCCUAUUGGGGGGCCCCCUUCAACCUAUUUGCUGCUAAGGAAACGGGGGGCCCCCUCGCCUCUGUGCUGCGGUGGCUGCCUCGUGCUGCUGCAGCAGAAGGUGCUGUCUUUGUCUCCUUGCUGCAGCUGCUGUUUGCGCGUGGAGGUGCAGCAGCCCUGGGAAUCGAGCAACAGCAGCAGCAACAGCAGCAGCAGCAGCACCACGAACAGCAGCAGCAGCAGCAGCAGCAGCAGCAACACAGCGGAGCAUCUGCGGCUGACGCUCUCAACACAGCUGAGGCGGGGGCGGCAGAAGCAGCAGAAAGGCCUCCUGUUUUCUUUCAGCAGCAGCAGCAGCAGCAGCAGCAGCAGCAGCAGCAACAGCAGCAGCAGCAGCAGGAGGUGCUGCAGGAGAGGAGCUGGCUGCCACUAUCUGACGCAGCAAUCCUCCCUGCUGAGGCGAGCAGAAGUGCUGCUGCUGCUGCUGCUAUGCAGCAGCUGCUGCAGCCUCUGGCGCUGCUGGACGCGGCCCUUGAGGCCCUUGAGGGUCCCCUUGCUGCUCAGGUUGCAGCAGCUCUCAGCGCCUGCAGCAGCAGCAGCAGCAGCAGCAGCAGCAGCAGCAGCUGUGGCAUCCCCGCACUAAAAGUUGGUUUUCUUCUGGAGCAAGCAGCAGCAGCAACGGAGCGCGCUGUUGCUGCUGCUGUCGCAGAGUCUCCUCAGAUUCGUCUGCAGCAGCAGCAGCAGCAGCAGCAACAGCAGCAGCAACAGCAGCAGCAGCAGCUGCUGCUGCUGCAUCGUCAGCCGUUGCUUGUGCGUUUCCUACUGGAGACGUCAAGCCAGGCCUUAGAUAAAUUUGAGCAGCAGUGGGAGGCGUCGGCGCUGCUGCUGCCGCAGCACACAGCAGCAACAGCAGCAGCAGCAGCAGCAGAGUGGGCUGCUGCAGUUGAAGGGAGCCUAGGACACAGCAGCAGCAGCAGCAGCAGCAGCAGCAGCAGCAGCAGCAGGAACCUUCCUCCCUUUCUGACGUCUUUUGCUGCGCGCCUGCAGGACCUGCUGCUGGCGUACGCGUCUUGUCUGCCCCCGCAGCAGCAGCAGCAGCAGCAGGAGCAGCAGCAAGAGCAGCAGCAGCAGCAGCAGCAAUCAGCUCCUGUGUCUUUGUAA